AUGGAGUUGACACCCAUCAGGAUCCCCGGCAAGCGCCGUCGCAAGGGUGCGCCGCCCAUAGUCUUUGACGUAGGAUCAGCAGCAUCUCGUCGUCACCGCAAGGACAGCGGUAGCAACAGCAGCAAGCGCCGUGGCAGGUCGCGGGAAAGCACGAGUAGUGACAUGAAGAAAAAGAAGAGGCAAAAAGUGGCAAAACGGCCCAAGGCCUCGUAUCUGGAGAGGGAGCUACCCCUCGAAAUCGUGGAACGUAUCUUUUGGAUGAGCGAAAACAUCAACUUUGCUCGAUCCGGCCCGCGUGUCGGACAACUCUUGUCGAGCCCGUCAACGAGGCGCGAAACUUUUUUGCAGGCUUUUGGUCCAACCUGGGACGUUUGGUUCGGAGUGGUCAGGACAAAUCAUCUCCGGGUCGCCAGCUAUCACGACUGGCAGCAGGACGUGGCACGGUUUGGUGGGAAUCCAGAGUUCCAAUCUGCUCUUUUGCAGUACUCUUGGGUCGACAUAUCCUUCAUCCUGAGCUGCGUGGACUCCUGGGCACAGAAAUAUGCUAGAGACAGAUUCUACCAGCACCAAAAGCUCUGGGGCGACCCCCCUUCCACUUUCGAUGCUGAUUCCCAAGACCAGCUGCCGGAAGAAGAUGAAGCGGACGCUGGAGGUAUCGGGAGCUUCACCUCGGCCAGUCGAUACUUUGAGCACGACUACGCCGCCUUUGCCGCGCAGGCCGAACGCGGCGAUCCCCUCCCGGCACUCGACGACGAGUGGAGCUGGAUCGAAGUCCACCGCGAGACCCAGAUCCCCGAUGGCCUGCUCACCGGGCCGUCGUGGGAUGAUGCCGCCAUGCGAAAGCUAUUUUGGCUCGUCCGGGCUGGCGCACGUCUCUCUUCCGACCAGACCUGGGAGACUACGCUCGAAGGCUACCACAACGCCAUGAAGAGCACGGGAGACGACCAUGUUAAUCUUCUCGUUAUACGGCUUUUGCUGACCCUCGCCGGCGAUCACUGGCCGGCGCAUAUCGCAAGCGCCGAGCUUGACAAGUUGCAUGAUAAGGAACGGGAACUGUGGUCGAGUCAACAACGCGAAGUGUACAGUAGAUAUGCUUGUGUCGCUCGCAUGCUAGUCCAGAGAUAUUCUGCCCCAACGGCAGAUACAUGA